UCGCGCGCACUGGCACUCGUGUACCUGCGCCAUCGGCUCUUGCUUCGCAACCGUUGUUCUAGUCGAAAAUGCGUCGCGAAUCUGUUUGGUAAUAGGRAAAACUAUUUGAAGACGACCAAAUUGUGUAAUUUCUUUUUUCACACAUUUUCAAUAUUUUUCUAAAAAAGUGGGUCAGACAAGUGAAAUUUUACUUUUAUGCGCAACUURCGAUUUACCAUUAGCUUACUCAAUGUGUACGUGUUGGAGUUUUGCUGGACUACUUUUGCUCAUUUUGCUACUUUGGUGAUGUGCUUCAAAUAAGAUUUUGAAAACCCCAAAACAAAAAAAAUUAUUACAAAAGAAAACAAAAAAGUAUUGCGUAUACUAGAAAUAAGUUYUAGUGUGGGGCCUGCAAAAUGGCCGCACUUACGAUAUCCCGACGCCGAGAGGCAAUGCAAAAAGCCGGUUGGAAAAUCGAUCAAAACGAUGAGGCUUGCUAUAUAGACAUUGAUGAACCCGAAGAAGAGGAACUAACUGAAAACGAUAAUAACUAUUCGGAAUGGCAUACUUUACCGGAUAUACUGUUGGAAGAAAUCUUCUCAUAUUUAACCUACAGAGAACGKUAUUACGCUAGCUUGGUGUGUAAGCAAUGGUACAACGCUUUCUACCUGCCCCUGGUGUGGCGUAACUUUCUGGUCGACGAUCGAACACUCACUCGCGCCAAAUACAACUACUACUCGGGUUGGCAAUAUUGUUUGGAUCACAUACGAACGCAGAAUUGUCUAUCGCGAGUUGGAAAAUAUCUGCGCGGCUUAGAAUUCAGACCGGAGCAUAGCUUCAAUAAUAUCUUUCAAUUUAUGACAAUGCUUUCAUGGAGUAUGGACAAAGGUUCAGAAGUGAAAGCACCAAAGGAUCUSAAGAAUGUUGGCUCACGCAUACGUUCGCUCGUCUAUGUAUUUCCCUGCAAUAUGUCGCAAGCCAACGAUCCAGAGGGUAUUAAAUUGUUCGGCACUGGCGGCCAAUUGCUCAAAGGUCUCAAGGAGCUCUUGUCCAARUUACGUAAUCUGCGUACAUUAAAAUUAAUCGAUUUCGUGUUGGAACGUUUCGAGGCGAAGCAUUUGCUCGACGAGGUGCUAGAAGCGUGCUGCACGAAAAUGCGUGUGCUGAAUCUGGUGAAUGUCACAACCACACAUUGUCCCAUAAUGCAUGUGGGGCUCUUUAUCAAUCUGCAGAUUCUGACGAUUUCUCCACAAAACAUUGACGAUGACGCGUUGCUGCUUUUGGGCGAUACCAAACUGAAGCAUUUGCAUUUGUUGCAAAACCGUUAUACUUCCACCCAUCUCUCGAUUUCGCCAUGUAGCGUGAAGGCGUGGCGACAGUUGAAACGUGAUAAUCCGCGGCUAAAGGUGCAUCUGCGCGUAGAAUCAAUGGGCGAUGGCGAAGUUGUGUUCCAGCCGGAAGCGCCUGUGUGCAGCGUCACUUACGAAUCGCCAAAAUCAAAGAUCAAAACAGAUUUUGUGCUACGCAUGGUGGAUCAUUAUAAAAAUAAGCUCAGCGUUUAUGGCUAUGAGAUGUUGCCACGUUUUACCAGCCCSAAGCCAUUUCACAAUCGUGUCGACAGCCUGAUGCUGCUAAUCGCCCGACAAUGCUUCAAUCUGCACACCUUAUUCGUACGCGAGAAAGUUUCCACCUCCACAGUGCUACUGAUCGCGCGUACCGCAAAGAAUCUGCGUCGUCUUCACGUACGUCGCUUUGCGGUCAUCAUACGCUGCGAUUGGCCGCGACAUCCCGAAUGGUCCGAUGAGUUCUAUUUAUGGUUGCGGCACACGUCACGUUCCUAUGAGGCGGUGGAACGUGAAGUGUCGCAAAUGCUCGGCUACGAGUGGCAUUUCSUAAGUGACAGCGACUACAAGCAGCUGCAGGUGGACGUGCAAGUAGCGCCGUGAGGCGAGUGGCGUGUAAAGUGUGAUAUUAUUGCUCAAAUGCAUACGCAUAGCUGUUAUUUGUUUUCUAUUUAUUUACUAAAAAAAAACAAAAAUACAACAAUAAAAUUGUUGAAAASUUGUAA